UUAAGAAGAAGAAAGUGGCGCAGCGUCAUUUGAGACUGUUUAUUCUCACACGAAUCACUGGCCAGAAAAGAUCUAUUCCGAUCUUGCGAGCCUACAAAGAGUUUAUCUUAUUUUUCUCGAUUUUGUUUUAUUAAAAAAAUAAUAAUAAUAGGAAAACAACAAUUGGAGGUCCUAUAUUUUACAUUUAAAGUAGCGUUAAAGCCUUCGUAGAAGAUGGCGACAUCGGACGACUCGCGCUACUAUAGUGAGCAUGAUGACCGUGUUGGUGGACCAAAGCAUCGUAACCGUAAAGGCAGAGGUCCUUUCAGAGCCCCGCUGUACAGCGAUCCGAUUUCACGGCCGAGGCAUCGAGGUGGUCACGGUGGUGGUGGAGGAGGCCCUGGUCCUCGGACCAGACUUCAGGAUGAUGAUGGAGAUGUGGCCAUGACCGAAGGUCCUCAAGACAGUGGUGGCCAGCGCAGAUUCAAUCCAUAUGGCCGACCACAGAAUCGGCGAGAUAAUCGCAAAGGUGGACGUGGUGGUGGUGGAGGCGGCGGAGGUGCAGGUGGAAAUGAUGAUAGAGGUGGCAAUCGAUAUGGAGCCAGAGGAGGUGGAGGUGGCAGUGGUUCUGAUGGAAACCGCAAGAACUGGUUUAAAAUGACUAUUCCUUUCGGGAAGAAAUAUGACAAAGAUUGGCUUUUGUCUUCACUUCAGAGCGUCUGUUCCAUGCCAUUCCAUGCCGUUCAUUAUCACACUGAUGGCAACAAGGCCCAGUUUUAUGUUGAAGACGCCACAACUGCUAACGCUUUGUUUAAAGUGUCACGGAAAAUAACGGACAAAGAUGGAUAUAAGGUGACCGUUAUUAUGAACAGCUGCCCACCACCUGCUUUGAUUCACACUGAUCUGAAGGCCGCAGAUUUGGAGCAUUUGAAACAAUGCAUGGCUAAACGCUUUGAUGGGUCACAGCAGGCUCUUGAUCUGAACAACAUCAGAGUCGAUCCAGAUUUGGUUUCUCAAAAUAUUGAGGUCACUUUAAAUCGGAGGAACUCCAUGUUGGCGGUUAUCAAAAUAAUUGAGGAGAACAUUCCUGAGCUGAUUUGUCUGAACCUAAGCAACAACCGGUUGUUCAGGCUGGAUGACUUGGCGGAUAUUGCCAACAAAGUUCCCAACUUGAAGAUUCUCAAUCUUUCACAUAACGAGCUGAAGACCGAGAGAGAGCUUGAUAAACUGAAGGGUCUGAAGCUGGUGGAACUGUUGUUGGAGGGAAAUCCUUUAUGUGGACACUACAAGAACCAGGCCGACUACGUCAGUGCCGUUCGGGAACGAUUCCCCAAGCUGCUCAAACUGGAUGGACACGUCCUUCCGCCUCCCAUUGGUUUUGAUUUGGAAGUCGCUCCUGCGACUCUUCCCCCCUCCAAGGCUAGCUACUUCUGCUCUGAAGAAAUCAAGAACAUCAUCCUUUGCUUCCUGCAACAAUAUUACAGCAUAUAUGACUCCGGAGACAGACAGCCCCUGCUGGACGCCUACCAUGACGGGGCAGCUUUCUCCCUCAGUAUUCCCUUCACCCUGCAGAACGCUUCAAAAAGUAGUUUAGGGGAGUAUCAGAAAGACUGUCGCAAUAUCAGGCGUAUGAAAGACGACCCCACUACACGGUUUCGUUUGAUCAAACACACAAGAUUAAACGUGGUGGCUUUCCUGAACGAACUCCCCAAAACUCAACAUGACAUCGCCUCCUUGAUCGUAGAUGUCAACACCUACACAGCUACAUUGUUGGCAUUUACAGUCAGUGGAGUUUUCAAAGAGAAUGGCAAAUCGCGAGACUCAUUCAGAGCCUUCUCCCGGGUGUUCAUUGCCGUACCUGCUGGAAAUGCUGGUCUGUGCAUUGUGAAUGACGAGCUCUUCGUUCGAAAUGCCACUACGGAGGAAAUUCGACGUGCAUUUGUUGCCCCAGCCCCCACGCCGUCCAGCAGCCCUGUUCCCACUCUGUCCGCCCCGCAACAAGAAAUGCUUGCUGCCUUCUCCCUAAUGUCUGGAAUGAACCUAGAAUGGUCUCAAAAGUGCCUACAAGACAACGAAUGGGAUUUUGACAGGGCUGCUCAGAUCUUCACUGGCCUUAAGGCACAAGGAAAGAUCCCAGAUGUCGCGUUCGUCAAAUAAAGGAGUUGUUGGAAGUUUUACAGAAACCCUAAACCGCAAGGGGUCUUCCUGAAUCUUCCCAUCUAAAAUAAAAUCUGUGGUUGUUUUUUUUUUUAUUCUUUUCUUUUUCCUCUAAAGAAAACAACAAUUUAAUUUCUUUACCAUGGAGAAUCAAGUUUACAGAGCAAAAAUAAGAUAGGAAAAUAACUCAGGAAGGCACUAAAACAAUUUCCCCCCAUUAUGUGAAUUAUUUUUAAAGAAAUAUGUAUUUUGAGAAUCUUUUUUUUUCUUUUCUCCCCAACUUUGCGGUUCAAGGUUUCCGUUAGUUUUAAAUGUUGUCAUGUCGAAUAUGAGACAGAUGUGACAAAUAAAGUACUUGUUCAUUGCUUGUUGUGUUUUGUAAAAUAAAUAUUAACCAUGAUCUUA